CCCCUUGCACUACCAUCCCAACACCAGCACAAACAGCCCUAGCUCUUGAAACAUGUGCUUCUUCGAUCAGCACCGAUUUGCAUGCGGCGACUGGAAGUGGGGCCACUUCCGGCAGCACUGCGCCAAGGAGUACCGAAUCGGGGAGACGUGCGGCAUGAAACUGAUCAUGCAAACAAUCGCCGUGGGGCAGAAGUGCAGAUUGUGCGAGAAGAUUGAGACCAAGAUGCGGCGCCGAGCCACCGAGAUGGAUCGUAUCGCUCGCUGGCAGCGCGAAGGACACAAAUUCAAAGCCUCUAUCGAGAAGUCGAUAGACCAGGUCCGGAGUUUGGAUUGCGAGAUCUAUGAUCUCAAUUGCGAGCGUGGUCGGAGACUUCAAGGCAUUGGUAAUUUGAGCAACCACGCUGGAUAGAAGGCGACCAGGGAAGAGUUUCAAGUUGUGUUCUCGGGCUCGGAAUUUCGAUAUAGUCCAUUCAUUUUUGGAGUUUGGGGAUGGGAUGAUACGGAAAACACUGGCCCUUGGAAUAAAGGCGGGUAACCAGGCAGCCCGGCG